AUGACAACGUUAAUGGCAACGACAACGAUAAUAUUGAUGGUAACGGUAACGUUAACGGCAACGUUGACGGCAAAGCAUGUUAACAGCAAUAACAAUGCUAACGACGUUAAUGAAAACAGCAACGGCAAUGUUAACGGCAAUGGCAACGUUAACGGCAACGGCAAAAUUAAUGGCAACAACAACCGCAAUUUUAACGUCAAAAGUAAUGGCAACGUUAAUGGCAAUGGCACCGGCGACGUUAACAGCAAUAGUGACACCGGUGACGUUAACGACAACGCUAAUGGUGACGUUAACGAAAAUAGCAACGGCAAUGUUAACGGCAAUGUUAACGGCAAUAGCAAUGGCAAUUCUAACAUUAACGGCAAUGGCAACAGCAACGGCAGCGGAAACGGCAACGUUAACGGCAACGGCAACUGUAAUAGCAACGGUAGCGUUAAUGGUAAUGGCAAUAACAACGGCAACGGCAAAGGCAACGUAAAUGACAACGGCAACGUUAACGGCUACGGCAACAUUAACGGUAAUGGUAACUCUAAUGCCACCAUCAACCGCAACAUUAACAGCAUCAGCAACGACAACGGCAUUGACUACGGCAACGGCAACAUUAACGGCAACGGUUACAUUAAUGACAAUGGCAAUGUUAAAAGUACCGUUAACGUUGCCGUUAAAGGUAUCGGUUACGGUACCGUUAAUGGCAAUGACAACGGCAACUACAUAAUACAAUAG